AAAACCGAGUCCUGAAAGAGAAGUCGUGAAGGUUCAGGACACCUUCCUAAACUGUUCCAGAUUUGUCCUCCAUCCGGGUCCGGGGCUUCCUGUAUAUAUCCAUCUGUGGGUUCCGCUCAAGGAGCAGGGUUUUCGAACUUUUCUUGGUAAUUCCUUGGAGCCUCGAACAAGAAUUCUAGUAUCCACAGAGAAUUGAUGAUGCCACGAUGCGUCUCAGAGGUCCGGGGGUGGUUGGGUUCUCGGCGAUCGAAUGAUUUGGUUGGUGCAUGUAGAUACGGAAUUGGUUGUAUCACCAGUUUCUUCUCAUCCAGAACCAGAUAUGGAUGCAGUUCCAGUCGUGAUAUUCCAAGCUGUUACAGGACAAUGGCAUAUGCAACUUCAUGUGCUACUUGGUCUGAACCACCACCGAAAGAUAAUGCCUCCGCUGAUAUGCUAAUUGAUUCUUUUGGGAGAUUCCACAACUAUUUGAGGAUCUCAUUGACAGAACGAUGCAACCUUAGGUGUCAGUACUGUAUGCCAGCUGACGGUGUUGAGCUGAUACCCAGUCCUGAGCUCCUAACUCAUGACGAAAUCAUUCGACUUGCGGAGCUUUUUGUCAGUGAAGGGGUGGAUAAGAUUAGGUUGACAGGGGGAGAGCCGACCAUUAGGAAGGACAUUGAAGGGAUAUGUUUACAUCUUUCCAACUUGAAAGGACUAAAAACACUUGCUAUGACCACUAAUGGGAUUGUACUUGCAAAGAAACUUCCCAAAUUGAAAGAAUGUGGGCUCAAUGCAAUAAACAUUAGUUUGGAUACGUUAGUUCCAGCAAAAUUUGAGUUCAUGACUAGGCGUAAAGGGCAUGGAAGGGUUAUGGAAUCAAUAAAUGCUGCUAUUGAGCUGGGAUAUAAUCCUGUUAAAGUGAAUUGUGUUGUAAUGCGUGGAAUAAAUGAUGAUGAGAUUUGUGAUUUUGUCGAGUUGACAAGAGAAAAGCCAAUCAAUGUUCGAUUUAUUGAGUUCAUGCCGUUUGAUGGAAAUGUUUGGAAUAUAAAAAAGUUGGUUCCCUAUGCAGAGAUGUUGGAUAGAGUGCGGCAACGAUUCAAGGAUGUAAAGAGGCUUCAGGAUCAUACUACAGAUACAGCAAAGAAUUUCAAGAUAGAUGGACAUUGUGGAACUGUCUCCUUUAUUACAUCAAUGACCGAACAUUUUUGUUCUGGUUGCAAUAGAUUGCGGCUCUUAGCUGAUGGGAACUUUAAAGUAUGCCUUUUUGGUCCAUCAGAGGUAAGUUUAAGAGAUCCCCUACGAGCUGGUCAGGACAAUCUUGUAUUAAAGGAAAUAAUUGGGGCCGCGGUAAAGAGGAAGAAAGCUGCACAUGCUGGGAUGUUUGACAUAGCAAAGACAGCAAAUAGGCCAAUGAUACAUAUUGGUGGCUGAGAAAAAGAAUAGUGAAGGAUCAAUUUGCUACUUUGAAUUGGUUUGUGGGGUUCGAAAGUAGAAAGUGUUUUGUCAUGCCCAGGCUCAACUUUGGAAGUGAAUUUCGGCGGCAUCCGAGUAGAAGCAUACUUGUUAAUGUCAUUUGUUUGUGUCAUGCUGUUUAUUUUCUUAAUAACAAGGAUGUAAUUUUUUUGUAUGUAACAUGGAAGAUGAUGAUAAUUGAUAUCAGGGUGCCCUGUUGUAUGGUCAGUUA